GGGUUAAACGUUUACAGGAAGUUUAUCCCGGCCAUGUAUAAAGGCGCUUCCUGUACUCUUCUUGAAAGAAACAUAUUUUGAAACAUUCAUGGCUUGAUGAUACAUAGAGAUACGAGAAAUAAAACAAACAGCAGCCCAAGAUGAACUACGUACCAGGGACGGCAAGCCUCAUUGACGACAUCGACAAGAAGCACCUGGUGCUGCUCCGGGAUGGAAGAACACUGAUCGGGUUCCUCAGAAGCAUUGAUCAGUUUGCCAAUUUAGUUUUUCACCAGACAGUUGAGCGCAUCCACGUGGGAAAGAAGUUUGGUGACAUCCCCAGAGGAAUAUUCAUAGUGAGAGGAGAAAAUGUGGUCCUUCUGGGAGAGAUAGAUGUGGAUAAGCCCUGCGACACAGUCCUUCAGCAGGUCUCCAUCGAAGAGAUUCUGGAGGAGCAACGGUUGCAGCAGCAAACCAAACAGGAGACGGAGAAAGUCAAAAUGCAGGUCCUGAAGGACCGAGGUCUUUCCAUACCUAAAGCUGACAACUUGGAUGAAUACUAAUACCACCCCGUGUCCACGAACCUCUUCCUCAGUUUGUACCGGACUGAGUUUUAUGUUGAAUUUGACAGCUUGACAGUAUGUCUUUUGAUUUGUUUUGUUGUUAUUGCGCAAAAAUGCCAGUAUCAUGAUGGAUCUGUUCACUGUAGUAUACUGUAUCAAUCUAAUUUGAAUUAUUUGUAGAAAACACUUUUUUUGGCUGUUCUCACUUAAUGGCAGCAAAAUGGAAAAAAAAAAUGUGUUUAUCUAAGGUCACCGUGUUGGCAAUUUAGCAAUCAUUUUACAGCAGCACUUUGUAUCCUGUCAAGAUAAUGUGGUGAGUCUUUUUUUUUUCUUCUUUUUUUGGAGGUAUGUGGGUCAGCUGUUGACAAGAAAUACUUGCUUUGCUCAAUUAAAGAGUUUAGUGUUUUUGUUAUGGAAGACAUGCUCGGAAAGUUUAUGUUUCAACAACAUAUGAAGCCUUUGCCCAUUCUGUUUUAUUUAAUGUAUUUAAGGCAUUAAAGAUGAAUGUGGGUAAA